UUUCAAAAUUCAUUAGGUUCAAUGUUUCUUGGUGAUGUGAUAUUCUUUUUAUACAUUCUGUGACAUGGCAACUGCAUAGAAAUAAGGAUAACAACAAACAAACAGAUAAACCCUAGCAUAGAUUGUGAUGCUCAUUCGUCAUUUAUUACUUAUUAGUUGCAAACUAACCAAUUACCAACCUAACCAAAGAAAAUAAAGGAAAUAAAAAGAACCCAACCAAACAAAAUUGUUUGCAUUUUAAAUAGUAACCUAAGCCAUAACCACAAAUGGUAAAACAGUAAAAAUUCCUGCCCACCAAAAAAUCCAUUUUAACCCACUUCUAAGUUGUAAAAAAUCCCAUCAAAUGCAAAUUUAACCACUUGACAAGACAGGAUAUGAUCCUCACCAAGCACAUAUAACAAUUAGGAUAAAGAAAAUAAGAAAUGAAAAUUAGUAAGACACAUCUCAAGGCCAUUUCUAUCAUCACCAUAGCAUCACCCUACCCCAAUUUGUAAAAUAAAAUAAAUAGAAACAGGCUGGAAAAUUUUCCGGUCCAUUCAUUUGCGCUUCAAAUCAAUCCUGGCCGUCAAUUGCCUUCUUUCCUAAACCAAACAACGGAAAAAGCCAAAACUGACGAACCAAUCACAGCUCUACACACACUAGUCUCUCAGCAGCAGCAAGCUGUGCUGUGUACAAAAGAUUUCCUUUCAAUUACCCCAUUCCUUUGUUCUUUCUUUCCCCUUUCCUUCCUCUUCCUCUUCCUCUUCCUCUUCCCCCCAGCUACCUCAGCCGCCCUGUAAUAUAUUUCCCCUUCGUUAGUCCAAAUCAUCAAAAUUCUCCUGCUUUCGUGUGAUGAUGGAGCUUAACACGUUGGCAGCAGCAAUCCAUAUCCCCAGCUCUCUUCCCUAUUUGGCUGCUGGCCCAUAGAGCAGAAGAAGAAUAAGAAGAAAAGGCAGCCAUGGUUCUGCUACUAUCUCAAGGGUACUGGUUCAUAAGCAGGGUGCCAUUUCUGGGCUGGUACAAGGAGAUCUCUUGAAGUGUAUAGUUGGAAUCUGGUGAAGAAAUUAGAAGCGAAACAGAGGGAAGUUUUUAGCUUUUCUUUUUAUUUAUACUACUCUCUUCUGGGGGUUCUAGUUUUAUUUUUCCCUAUCUUUUUCGUUGGGUGACAAUAGAUCGCUCUUGGCGGUUUGUUUGCCGUGUGAAGCUACUGUGCGCAAGCUCUGAUCUCGAAGGUUAUUUUUUUUAAAACAAAAAUAAGUUCUUUUUUCGUUUUUGGUUUCUUGUGUUUGGGGAUUUUAUGUGAAGGAGGUAAAACGGACAAAAAACAAGAAUAACGAUGGUCUCCCAAUCUGGAUAUUGCUGUCCUUUGUCGGUUCUUAAUUAAAAUUCCUUAUUCCCCCUUCUGGGUUUCAGUCCUUUUACCAUUUCAAAGCCCUAGCUGUUCACGAGUUCAUUAGUGUUGCAAAGCUUGAAGCUUUAGUCUUAGUUCUUUCUGGGUAGUUCCAGGGAUAACAGUUUGGAGUGUGAUUUGGAAAAUAGAAGCUACUACCCCUUUGAGUUUUUUGCAUUUAGCUCAAGGACAAGCUUUGGUGGUGAUAGCUUAUUCAAAGUGAUUAUUUUGAGAUUGGAGUUUCUUUAGCGGUUUUAGGCUUUUUGGUGAACGGAGUUGGCAUUGUCGUGAAGAGAAGGGUGUGAUAGUUAGGAGGUGGAGAUAUGGCAAUGAUCUGCAAGGAUGGUGGUAAGAACAAUAUGCAGCAAGGGCACAUGGAGAAUGGAAAAUAUGUGCGUUACACGCCUGAGCAGGUCGAAGCCCUUGAGAGACUCUAUCACGAGUGUCCCAAACCCAGCUCCAUUCGCCGCCAACAGUUCAUUAGGGACUGCCCUAUCCUCUCCAACAUUGAACCUAAACAGAUCAAAGUUUGGUUCCAGAAUCGAAGAUGCAGGGAGAAGCAAAGGAAAGAGGCUUCUCGACUUCAAGCGGUGAAUAGGAAGCUGACGGCAAUGAACAAGCUUCUCAUGGAGGAAAAUGAUAGGUUGCAGAAGCAAGUGUCUCAUCUGGUGUAUGAGAAUAGCUACUUUCGCCAGCAUACCCCGAAAACAACGCUUCCAACCGAAGACACAAGUUGUGAAUCAGUGGUCACAAUUGGUCAACAUCAUGUGACACCUCAGCAGCAUCCUCCAAGGGAUGCUAGUCCUGCAGGGCUAUUGUCCAUUGCAGAAGAAACUUUAACAGAGUUUCUUUCAAAGGCUACUGGAACCGCUGUGGAGUGGGUCCAAAUGCCUGGAAUGAAGCCUGGUCCGGAUUCCAUUGGAAUCAUUGCUAUUUCUCAUGGUUGCAUUGGCGUGGCAGCACGAGCCUGUGGCCUAGUGGGUCUAGAGCCCACAAGGGUCGCAGAAAUCCUCAAAGAUCGGCCUUCGUGGUUCCGCGAUUGCCGUGCUGUGGAUGUUGUCAAUGUGCUGCCCACAACUAAUGGUGGAACCAUUGAGCUACUUUACAUGCAGCUCUAUGCUCCAACAACCUUGGCACCUGCUCGCGAUUUCUGGUUGUUGCGCUACACUUCGGUAUUGGAAGAUGGCAGUCUUGUGAUAUGUGAGAGGUCGCUCAAGAAUACUCAAAAUGGCCCUAGCAUGCCACCUGUGCAGCAUUUUGUGAGAGCAGAACUGCUGCCUAGUGGUUACCUGAUACGACCUUGUGAAGGGGGUGGCUCAAUCAUACACAUAGUUGACCAUCUAGAUUUGGAGCCUUGGAGUGUGCCUGAAGUUCUACGACCGCUCUACGAGUCCUCCACAGUGCUUGCGCAAAAGACAACAAUGGCUGCUUUGCGCCAGUUGAGGCAGAUAGCCCAGGAGGUUUCCCAGACUAAUGUAAGCAACUGUGGCAGGCGACCAGCAGCACUGCGGGCUUUGAGCCAGAGGUUGAGCAGGGGCUUCAAUGAGGCUCUCAAUGGGUUCACUGAUGAGGGAUGGUCAGUGCUGGGAAAUGAUGGGAUGGAUGAUGUUACCAUCCUGGUUAACUCGUCUCCUGACAAAUUGAUGGGUCUGAAUCUUCCCUUUUCCAAUGGGUUUCCAGCUGUUACAAAUGCAGUUUUAUGUGCCAAAGCAUCAAUGCUUUUACAGAAUGUUCCUCCUGCCAUACUUCUUAGAUUCUUGCGUGAACACAGAUCAGAAUGGGCAGACAAUGGCAUUGAUGCUUAUUCAGCUGCUGCAAUAAAAGUUGGUCCUUGCAGCUUACCUGGUUCUCGUGUUGGAGGAUUUGGGGGGCAGGUUAUACUUCCUUUGGCUCACACGAUAGAGCAUGAAGAGUUUCUGGAGGUUGUUAAAUUGGAGAGCAUCGCAUAUUCCCCUGAGGAAGCAAUGAUGCCUAGGGACAUUUUUCUCUUACAACUCUGCAGUGGAAUGGAUGAAAAUGCUGUUGGAACUUGUGCUGAACUCAUAUUUGCUCCGAUCGAUGCAUCUUUUGCUGAUGAUGCACCUCUGUUGCCUUCUGGUUUCCGCAUCAUUCCCCUUGAUACCGGAAAGGAAGCCUCGAGCCCCAAUCGCACUUUGGACCUUGCUUCUGCUCUUGAAAUUGGACAGGCUGGCAACAAAGGAUCUAAUGACUCAUCUGCUAGUCCGGGUUGUGUUAGAUCUGUAAUGACCAUUGCGUUUGAGUUUGCAUUUGAAAGCCAUAUGCAAGAACAUGUAGCUUCAAUGGCUCGCCAGUAUGUUCGGAGCAUCAUAUCAUCUGUUCAGAGAGUGGCAUUGGCCCUUUCACCUUCAAACUUGGGCUCACUCGCUGGUCUUCGUUCGCCUCUUGGUACACCCGAAGCACAGACUCUUGCUCGUUGGAUCUUCCAGAGUUAUAGAGUUUACUUGGGUGUGGAGCUGCUGAAGUCCAAUAAUGAAGCAGGUGGUGAUUCCAUCCUCAAGUCUCUCUGGCAUCACUCGGAUGCCAUGAUGUGCUGCUCUCUCAAGGCACUUCCAGUUUUCACAUUUGCAAAUCAGGCAGGACUUGACAUGCUCGAGACGACCUUAGUUGCAUUACAGGAUAUAAGUCUGGAGAAGAUAUUCGAUGACCAAGGAAGGAAGACUCUAUGUACAGAGUUCCCACAGAUCAUGCAGCAGGGAUUUGCAUGCCUUCAAGGUGGUAUCUGUGUCUCGAGCAUGGGAAGACCGAUCUCGUACGAGAGGGCGGUGGCAUGGAAGGUGUUGAACGAGGAGGAGAAUGCACACUGCAUCUGCUUCAUGUUUGUCAACUGGUCUUUCGUUUAAAGCUUUUGGUGGGUUUCCUGGGGGCGUUUCAGGAGAAGAAAAUACCUUGCAAUGGGUUUUAGAAAGUGUGGAAGAGAUGAAUAGUACUCUGAAGAACACUGGCUUAUUGUUGUUAUGUUGGUUUUGUUGCCCCCCGUAUGUUUAAUGGACAGAGUAUUAUUAAGAGUGGUACAGUUGUGAUCGGCAGAACGAUGUAAGGCACAGGAUGUGCCCUGUAUGUGUGUUGGUUUGUAUCCAGGAAUUAUGAUCGCAACUUUCUUGUGUGUUUUCAGUACUCCACACCCACAGCAGUUGGAACCUCAUAACCCCUUGAGCUAGAUUUUUGGGAUGGAACUGAUUAUUAAUACCAGAUGCAAUGGCCGCGCUUCGCUGCGGGUAGGGAACCUCUGAAACUGAACUUGGAGGCUGAAUUGGAGAAGUUAGUGGUUUAGUGGUUUAGGGUUUAGUGGUUAACUGUGAGUCUGUGACAAAAAUGUUGGUGAACUGUUGAUAGAACCGUUCAUGAUAUAUAACAUAUAAGACUUGUAUAUUACACUAAUUUACAAAUGAAGUUAUCAUUGACCAUAAAAAAUUUCAAAUUCAUAUCAUCACCAAAAUAUCUAAUAAAAUAUUUAAAUCAUUUCACAAAAAGCAAAUUAAAAAUUACGGUGCCAAAUGGUAAUGGAUAACAUAAAGUCGACAACAAGGUUGGAAAAUGAGAAGAGUAAGCAUAUAUAAAAUUAAUAAUUAUAGUUUGAUGGUCUUGGUUUAUGUUAAAGUAUUUUUUCUAAAUUUUUUUUGGGUAAAAAUAGUGAAUUAGUGAACCAGUUAAACCGUGGUGGUUCCUCUAAUUUCAUGUUGAACCGUGAAAAAUCGUUUGGUCUACCAAUAAUGGCCCAAACAAUGAACCAGACCGGUAUCACAACUGAUUUGACGAUUCUAAUGGCCCGAUCGUUAAUUCAGUUCAAUUCUUAUAGCAAUUUCAUUAGUUAUAGUUAUAUAACUAUAACUAAUGACUCACACGAGCACACACAUACAUUAAUUUGGCCCAGACACUAACUCACCAGCCUGGCAGCUAGAGGUGGAAAUCGGUACGGUAUCGGUAUCCCAAUACCAAAUACCGAAAUACCGAAUACCGAAUUACACCCUAAAGUCAAUCCCAAUCCCAAUCCCUAAAUAAUUUCGGUAUCCCAAUCGGUAUUAUCGAAUACAAAAUUAAUUACCUUUACAAUUAAUAAUUAAAUAUAUAAAUUAGAUUUUAUUGUUUAAUUUAGGGGAAAAUAACUAAGCAAAAAGUUUUGAAUUAGGAUAUUAUUAAGGAGAAUGGAGGAGAGGAGAUAUCUCAAGUUCUUGUCAUUGAUAAUCUUUAAUUUGACGAAUUGGACGUUGAGAGACGACUAUUAAUAGUGAUGGAAUGAUCUGUGUAUAAUUAAAUGACACUCUUGGUGGUUGAGGGUCAUGUAGUAGUGAAUGAGAGAGUCUAGUUGAGAGGAUAAAAUACACACUAGCCUAUAUUUCGGUAUUGAUCGGUAUUUCGGUAUAUACCGAUCUCAAUCCCGUAAUCCCUAAUACCGAAUAACAAUUGAAAUUCAAUCCCAAUCCCAAAAAAUAAUAUGUGUAUUCGGUAAUACCAAAUAUAGACAAAUUCGGUACGGUAUUCGGUAUAUCCCAAAUACCGGUACCAAACUUCCAGCCCUACUGACAGCCCACAGAGAAAACUGCUCUUACAACCCACUAGCCACUAGGAUGGUAAUUUGAACCCACCUCGCCGGAUAUAACCCAUCCUAACUCGCGGUAAUAUGAGGUGGGGCAUGUAUAUCUACUUCAGACUCGCUCUGUCCGCCCGGUCUCGUUCUUGGUUCAUUACAUUGUAAUUUCUUAUAGUAUUUACUGAUAUUUCUCCAAUUAUAGCUUUUUUCAACUAGUUAGACUUGAUUUUUCAAUUAGUUAAACUCAAUAACACGUAAAAUCUUAC